AAACGCAAACAUUUAUUCAAAAUGAAAUUCAUGACACUUGGAACUCUAUUCCUUCUGAUUCAAUUUGUAUAUUCUGUGAGGCAAGAAGAGCCACCGAAAACACAAAAGAGCAGUGAAGCACAAAAUUUUAAAGCUACACAUGAUCGGCUGAAACGCCAAAAUGGAUAUGGAAUGUGGAAUAAUGGCGGUGAAGGAGGCGGAGCUGGAGAAGGAGGAAAUUUCCCAAUGGGCAAUUGGAAUGGACCAAACUCCAAUGGCUACAGUGGUCCUCAGCAACCUCCUCCAGACAAUAGUAUCAAGGGAAGUGUGGGGAAUAAAAAUUCAAAGCCAGCAGAAGAGACUGAAAAUCAGAAUAAAGAAGAUGGUCAGACCCCUUGGAUGCCAAACGAAGCCAAUGGCCCAAGUGGAUAUAAUAAUGGUCCUCACCCAAAUGGAAACUUUCCGAACUUGAAUGGGUAUAACAACGGUCCCAGUUCAUUCAAUGGUGGAAACACUAAUGUAGAUGACGGUAUUAAAGGGAGUGUUGGAGCAGCAGUUGAGCCAACUAAGUCACCAUACCCAAACAAUGGGUAUGGGUACGGAAACCGAAACGGUUAUGGAAAUAAUUUUGGUUUCAAUCGUAUGGCCGGAGGUAAUGGUUAUGGAAAUAGUUUUGGAAGACCCAUUCUUCCGAGAGGAGAGAGAUUUUUCCGUGGGAGACAAGCCUGGAGAUAUUAAUUUUGUUUUUAUGCAUAAUGGUAAAAUUGUCAUGUGAUAUAAUAUUUCUGCAAAUAUAAUGAAUAAAUAU